CUCUGCACACGGCACUGUAAACACAUGGGCGACGAGUUCAUGGUCUUCAUUCCACCUGUUAAUGACAGCACAAAUAUCGUCAUCAUAGGACCCGCAAAUAUUUCCCUCAAGCCCUAUGGGGAAUUGAAGAUAGAGAUAACUAACGACAGUUCCACCACUACAUCCUUCAUGUACCUCAAAGUAGACCAACCAACCGCUGCACCCGAGGGACUAACUGCACCCAACCUUAAGGUGUUGAAUAUAAAUGCAACAGAGCCUGUCAACGUGUAUGUACAAUCAUCCCAGGGCGGCGCCUUCACGGCGUUGAGAAAACCAGCUUAUAAAUUGCUACCCAAAGGCUUCGUGAUCGCUACCACUGACCCAGGUCCUGCAUGUAGUACAUAUGUAGUGGUGGUUGCCUAUGUGGAUGACGUCAUGAUCAACGGAACAAUUCGUGGCGAUAAUGCACAUGCAGUCUUUGAACAUACGAAUAAGAUAUUGUUCAAUGGUGAUACAUUUUAUGAGAGAAUCGAGAGAAAAGGAGAGACGUUUCUCAUUACGAGCAAAAUGGAUUUAUCCGGGACUAUUAUCUACCCUGAUAAACCAGUUGCCGUGUAUGCGGGAGUUGAAUGUGGAAAAUCCACUUCUAGUGUUUUACUUAAAACCAUACAGAUUCCUGUCAUAACCCAACAAAGCUCAUCAUAUAUCCCUGUAUCCAUCAACCAUGAAAGCUUUACCAAUGCGACAUUCAAAGAAAUUAGAAGAGACGGUGCCCGGAAGGACAUCGGUCCAGCGGUCGAGCAAACUGAACGAAGUAUUCAGUCGUCGUGGAUGGUGGUACAAACUGUGAAGAUACAUACGCUGGACACACAUGGCUUACAGAAUAGUUUUCUUCAGACCCUUUUCAACAUGUAUGCCAAGUUUAACUACAGCUUAGUGGCAUUCAAGGGCUUCAACACAACUAUCGUCAUUGUUCAGACAAAGUGCGAUGAUUGUGACUCCAGCUUCCUACUUGACCAGGUCGACAUCUACGGAAGUGACAUCAUUGUUCUCCUGAACACCAGCAGCACACUCUCCUUUCAAACAGAGGUGGAACCAGGAAUCCAUUUUCUUCAGUCACCAACGGUAUUCCGACUCUACGCUUAUGGGAUCAGUAAUACUUCGGUCUACAGUUACGAUGCGCCUUGUGUUUCCCGUAACUUUUCAGUAAACAAAGUUCAAAAGACAACGGAGAAUGACACACAUGCAUCGGUCACAUCGAAGAGUGACGAGACAUCUGUGACAACGGAAAGUGACCAGUCAGCCGAAACAACGACCAGUGCAGUGUCAUCUGUGACAACGGAAAGGGAUCAGUCCUCCGUAACAACGGACAGAGAAGUAUCAUCCGUGACAAUGAACAGCGCCGAGACAUCCGUGACAACGGAAAGUGAUGUAUCAUCCGCAACAAAUAACAGCGCCGAGACAUUCGUGACAACGGAAAGUGAUGUAUCAUCCGUGACAAUGAACAGCGCCGAGACAUCCGUGACAACGGAAAGUGAUGUAUCAUCCGUGACAAUGAACAGCGCCGAGACAUCCGUGACAACGGAAAGUGAUGUAUCAUCCGUGACAAUGAACAGCGCCGAGACAUCCGUGACAACGGAAAGAGACCGGUCAUCCGUGACAACGGAGGGUACCACGGCAUCAGCUGAGAUUCACACCAUUCACACCACAAUAUCGACUAUAACAUGGAGCACAGACCAAACACCACCCGAGUCACCAAGCGGUCCCACAUCUGCAACUGGCACGAUAACGCCCAACAUGAGCCCAGCUGGAACAAACAAGUCUGAAAUGAGAAGAAUCUGUCCAAAUAAAUCCUGUGUAUGCAGAAGCAAGGCAAGCCCGCCUGAUACACGUGACUCACAGCUAGCGGCACUGAAAGCUCAUUUGGCAGUUGAUACCCGAAACGUCGGUGCCAAGUUUCGGUCCAAGAACAGCAUCCAGGACCGCCGACCUUUGGCCACAGCGCUGGGGUGUGUUGGAAUCAUUAUCACCUUCAGUCCGAUGGUAAUAAUCUUCCUCUUGGACAUAAGGAAGCUGGUAACUGCUGUAAAAAGAUUGUAUGCCAUUUGAUAGAUGGGUCAUCGGAACAUAUUUACUGCGAUAUGUACACUUGCUGGCUGAAUAAAAUGUACUUGUUGGCGGCGAUAUAUGUCACAGCGGAACAACUUGCUGGCUGAGAGAGCUGUUUUCUCUGUACAUGUAGACGGCAACAUAUGUCACAGCGGAACAACUUUCUGGCUGAGUGAGACGUUUGUCUCUGUACCCGUAGACGGUGAUAUAUGUCACAGCGGAACAACUUGCUGGCUGAGUGAGGUCCUUGCUUUUGUGCAUACGGACAACUUUGCUACAGCGGUACUACAUACUGAAUAAAUGAGUGGGUGGUUUGAUGCAACCGAUUUGACGAGAGACUGGGAUACCGUCUGGGAGUGGGACAUAUGGCAUAGACUUAUAAUAUUUCCGAAUGAUGAUUGGUCCCUCAGUACAAAGCUUUUUAAAGUUGUUAAUCCCUCCACAUAAACAAUCAGACUUAAAGAACGAUUGAAGAUCAUUUAAAGAGAUAUACACCUAAUUGCAGUCGUGACACCUACCCUUUCUGAUCAGUACAUUCACUUCAACUCCAGCAACCCCCCCAAACACUGGCACCAAAUCCAGACUGACCAAGAGUGCCAAGAACAUCUGCUGCAGCAACCUUGACCUUGGCCAUGAACUAAAACAUCUGCAGCCAGCAAGUUUUCAGCAAUCUCAACCAGUUACAGUCAGGACGACAAUCCCCACCACGCUCCAGCCCAAACCAACCCGCCCAGAAUCCGCCCCCAUCACAUUCACCCUACACUACGUUGGCAAGAACUCUCAUCAAAUCAAAGGAUGACUAAAGCACCAAUCAGGCUUCGAUGCCAUCUUCGCUACCUCCCCAUCCCGUAGUACCAUCCUCCAUCCUAAUGGGCGCAACCCUCCCUCCUACAAGCAACCCCCGACAAGAGUGAUCUAUAAGACUAAAUGUCACUACGGCAACUCGUACAUCGGGGAUACCUCCCGCCCAGCAGAUACCUGCGUCAAAGAAGUAAAGACUUCAACAGCCAAAGCAGACGACAACUCAGUCCUCUCAGAUCACCAGCAACAAUUCCCUAGCCAUCAAAUUCAGUUUGGCAAAGUCGAAAUCCUCUCAACCAAGCAUCAGGACUUCACCAAAGGAAGAUUCCAAGAAGCUUUAGAAAACCGCCAUCACAAACCUUUGAUCAACACAGAUCACGGGUAUAACAUCUCAUCUGCCUAUGAAAAUUUAACCAAGCAAUAGACGGUUUUCAUUAGGAUCCAAAUAGGUUGUCACAACUGUUUAAUCUUUUAAUCCUUAUUCU